AUGUCAUCGGAUGGUCACAUUGGCGUUGAUCUUAAUGAUGAUAAUGACGGCAUCGAAGAAAUACGUCCGCCUCCUCGUCUCGUGGGAAGGGACAAUGCAAAAGCUCAAGGAAAAAGAAAAGGAAAAGCGACAUCGUCAAAUUCUUCAAUCGGAACAGAGCGCUCAACUAUGGCAGAGAAAAUGACGGCGGAGGAAAUGGUGGCACAGAUGGCACAACUGGCUAAAACCAUCCGACUCACAUAUGUAGAUCACACUACUAUAACCAGCUCUAGCGAAGGAGCUGAUCACUUUGCAGCCGUUCACAAGAUUUUUGGUGCAAGCAAUGCCUCCAAGCUAUUGAUGAAACUCCCACUGCAAGAUAGAGGUGAAGCUGCUAUCAGUUUAUCCUAUGAAGCUUUGGCUCGAUUGCAGGAUCCUGUAUAUGGUUGUGUAGCUCAAAUCUUUGCUCUUGAGCAACAGGUAGCUGGUUUACAAGAAGAGAUAGAUCAGCUUUUGAAUUACAUGACUUAUGUAUCUUCUGAGUUUAAUGGUACGAGCGUCAGUGAUCAUCUAAACCAACAGACAACGCCGUUGUUUGCUGCACCGCAAGUUUCAUCUACAUCCUUGGCUAUUUUGGAGGGUCAAAAUUCUCUUUCUCACAGCCUUCUCGACCAGCCACUCAUGGAAAGCUUUUAA